AUGUCAAAAUAAAAUCACAAAAUUCAGAUGCAUGUAUCAGCUGAGAGAUUUAUCUGUUUUUAUUUAUUUAAACUCAAAGAAAUCAUUUUAAUUGUUUCCAUAUUACGUCACGACCUGAGCCACCAGACCUAUUUCUGGAGUUCCCUCUUCUUUUUUUUUUUUUCACUUUUUUUUAAACCCAAGUCCAUAUUUGGUAAAUGACGUAACGGGACAACCAGAGAUUCCCUUUAUAACCAUACUGCACCAUCCAGGAGCUGUUUACAGGAGGUGAGAGGCGGAACAGACGAAAUGAGGGGAAAUAUUCAUCAUGUGAGAGACUCGGCAGCUAAUUAGACUUCAAUGUGUAAUUAGUUUUAACCGGCUGCGUCUCACAAGACAGAAUGACCGCGAAAAUAGUUGAUGAGGUUUGUGCGUCUCUCGGCGGUGCCGUGGAUAAUGUUCCCAAAGAUGUGUACCCGGCGGAGGGGGGGCUGUCUUCAGACACGUCGGUGGUUUUUAAAGAGGAGGCUGUAGGGGAGGAAGAGCCCGCGGGGAAACACGAGGAGGAUGAAGUCGGUGACCUUCUGUUCGGCGGGAAGAGCGCACCUGAGCUGCCGCUCCAGGGCGAUUUGGCGCAGUACGUGGCAACUUUACGCACGCACCCCGUGGCGUUUACCGGCAAGUUCUCUGUGGACUCCAGAGGUGCAGGAGGACCGUGGGCUCCGGGGGACGUCAUCAACGUGGUCAGCGCUGACAUCGCCACCCCGGGCCCGGCUCCGGUGUCUAGGUCACCUCCAGCAUCCCCCGAUAUUUACGCAGCAGGAGGAGGAGGAGGCGCAGUGGACGCGGGGCACGGCACCAUGGCGCACGGCCAGCCGGACAUCAGCCACAUGUACGCGCACCCACAUCCACACCCCCACCCCCACCCCCAUCCCCACCCCCACCCCCACCCGGCUCCUUCCUACUCCUGCAGCGCGGACAUGUACCAGGACCAGUCGGCAGGGGGUUACCUGGCGACGUCCACCUGCGCCGUGUCCUACCACCCGCCUCCGUCCUACAACACUGCGCCCAAACCCACAGCUGACGGCGCCGCGCUGCUCUCCAUCAUGCCUGAGUACGGAGGCUUCUACCAGCAGAGCUGCCAGAGAGACAUCCAGGCGGCUUUCCCGGAGAGGAAAUCCCUCCCGUACCCGCUGGACUCCCUCAGGGUGCCCCCCCCUCUCACGCCUCUCAACACCAUCAGGAACUUUACGCUCGGUGCGCCCUCGCCGGCCUCCGAAGGUCCGAUGGCCGCCGCCUUCGCCGGCCACCAGAACCUCCCCCUCAGGCCCAUCUUGAGACCCAGGAAGUACCCGAACCGGCCGAGCAAGACGCCCGUGCACCAGAGGCCCUACCCGUGCCCGGCGGAGAGCUGCGACCGGAGGUUCUCGCGGUCGGACGAGCUGAGCCGGCACCUGCGCAUCCACACGGGCCACAAACCCUUCCAGUGCCGCAUCUGCAUGAGGAACUUCAGCCGCAGCGACCACCUCACCACCCACAUCCGCACGCACACCGGGGAGAAGCCCUUCUCCUGCGACCAGUGCGGGAGGAAGUUCGCCCGGAGCGACGAGAGGAGGAGGCACAUGAAGAUCCACCUGCGGCAGAAGGAGAAGAAGUCCUCCACGUCCUAAUCCUGCACCGCGCGCGCACCACCCGAUGCUGCUGAAUGUAAACUCUCUCAGUAUGAACGUGAACUGUAUUUGGGCUCCCGCCAGCAGAGCUCAGACUUUAUCCUGUAGUUUACUGUUCUCAGAAAAAGAGGAAGAAAUGUGUUUGGAAGCCAUAAGUUCAAAAUCAGGGAGAAGCAGAAGUCAUGGUGUGUCAUUAUUUAUCACUGUAACUCAAACAUAGUUCCUCGGUCAUGAGUCAGAGGUCCACAUUAUUAACAGAAAUGUUUCCCACACAAUCAGAGCUGGAUGUUUGGGUCUUAAAUUCACUGAAAUGUGAAGGGAGUUUGGUUUCAGAGUCAGCUGCCAGUUCUCUUUAAAACACAGUGGGUUUCAGAAUAAGUGCUGCAGCCUACUUUAGGGAUUCUCAGGGAUUUCAAUGCAAAGAGGAGACGGAGCUGCUGCAGGUCGACUGAGUCUGAGUGAUGUGGGCGGUUUGGUUUCAGCUGCAGCUAAAAAAAGAAAAACAAAAGAAAAAGUCACACUGAUAUCUGAGGGGAUUUUUGGACCCUCGCAUGUGCAUUGAGUUUCUUUUCCUCCAAACUCACAAUCUUCAAGAUCAAAAACACUAGAUUCACAUGAAGAACUACAAGACUUUCUCUUCAGCGUUUUGGUUUGGAAAUGUCAUUGAGGAUCUUCAGUAUCAGUAUCUGUCAAAUCUUAUUUAAUGUGAGUGAGCUGGAUCUUUACAUCCUGUCCUCCUCCGCCGAGCUGAUGAAACAUUAUAGAUACGGACUUAUAUUCAAGGUUAAAGACGUUUUGCAGGUUUUAUAAGAGACAAAUGUACAGUCAGUGUUUUGUCUGAAUCUCAUUAAUGAUGUUUAAAGUUUUUCUUCCUGGUUUGUUUUUUACACUGCAGCUGUUUUAACAUGUGGCCCUGCAGCGCGGCUCCACCUGCUACACAAUAUCUGAAGAGUAAUUCAAAGGACAGGAGGGAGGUUUGAUGCCAAAGUGAUGUCACAGCGCCCCCAAGGGAUGCUGUGACAUCACGAAUUAGGGCGGAGCUAAGGUGGGGAAACUCAGAGAAAACUUCAUUGGCUAUACAUGCAGCAAAAUGAAGCCUUUUUUUAAAAAAAAUCUGGUUUUGUAUGAAUUAAAAAGGUGUUUCCACGCCUGAUGGAGAGCUCAUCAGUUCCUACAGCGUCACACGCAUCAUGUGACUGUGGCCUGAUCAUGUGACAGAGUUUUUUAUUGGUGUUCGCACAGACCUGCACUACUUGUAAAGAUCUGACCAGCAUUUCUACCUGAUGAAUGUGCGAUAAAGAGACGGAGAGAAAGAGAGAGAUAGAGUCACUGGACAAAUGAAAGUUGUGUUUUUGUGUUUUAUAAUUUUUAUGCAAACAAGUCGAGCACUAAAGCUUUUAUUCUGAAGGACUGAUGCUUCUUGUCGAUGCAAAUAAAUGUUUUGUUGAGUUCA